CCGGGGCUGGCGCGCGGCGGCGGCUGCUGCUGCUGCUAAUAAAGUUGGUGUUGAAAGAGCGGCCCCGCCCCGCGGCCCGGCGCUCCCGGAAGUGGAGGCGGGGUCGGGCCGGGCAGGCCGGGAUGGUGGGGGCCGCUGCAGCCGGGACCUGACUCGGUGCCCAGGUUGAAGAUAGCAGUAAUGCUAACGUUGGCAAGCAAACUGAAGCGGGAUGAUGGUGUCAAAGGGCCCCGUACAUCCAACCCAGCUUCUGAUUCUACUCGGAGAGUGUCUAUUAGAGAUAAAUUGCUUGUUAAAGAGGUUGCAGAACUUGAAGUUAAUUUACCUUGUUUGGAGAAAUAAAAUUCCCUUCUCCAAUAAUAUUCCAGAGAUUAAAGGUUUUCCAUUAUCUGAAUGUGGAUACUUGCAGGUACCUCCUCCCUUCUCUCCUUAUAAUUUCCAAGGUACAUGUAAAGUGAAUUUUCCAGAUUCAAACAAGCUCCAUUACUUUCAGCUAACUGUAACCCCAGAUGAGGGUUAUUACCAAGGAGGAAAAUUUCAGUUUGAAAUUGAAGUUCCUGAUGCCUAUAACAUGGUGCCUCCAAAGGUAAAAUGUUUGACUAGAAUCUGGCAUCCGAACAUCACAGAGACGGGUGAAAUCUGUUUAAGUUUACUGAGAGAACAUUCAAUUGAUGGCACUGGCUGGGCUCCAACUAGAACAUUAAAGGAUGUUGUUUGGGGAUUGAACUCUUUAUUUACAGAUCUCUUGAAUUUUGAUGAUCCUUUGAAUAUUGAGGCUGCAGAACAUCAUUUGCGGGACAAGAAAUGCAUGGUGAUUCUAUUAGAACAUGGAAGACAAUAUUUCAUGACCAUCAUAAAAGGCAAAGCGGCAUAUGGGAUAUCAAGAUAAUGUUUUUCAUUCCUUUGGUGUACAUUAACUUUUUAUUUAAAACUUUUUGGUUUGGUUUGUCUUUUCUGGGAAUUGUGAGACUGAGUCACCUGUGAAUAAACAUCUUCAGUCACAGCUCUAAGAUAAUUAGGUUUGUGUGGUUGGAGACAAAGAUCGACACGGUUGGCUGACCCUAAUUCAUUGUAUUGUGUGCUUACUAAUGCUCAGGAGUCAAUCAUAUUUUUGUAGCUAUUCCCAUGUACAACAUUUGGAAUAUUAAACACUAAAUUGUAGUGAUUAUUAAUAGUGUCACAGAAUUAAUAUUUUGCUUGGCUAUAGAUGGCUAACAUUGGUUGAAAUUCAGUAAAAAUACUUCGGUGUAAAACAUGUAUUUUGUCAUAUGAGUAUUAUAAAAUGAUUUCUGGCCCACAUCUUUUAGCAGACUUUUCAUCAUGAAAGGACAGAUGAUAAACACAUGGCAAACAGUUGCACCAAAAAUAAUUCUAAACCAGCGCUUAGUUUUUCUAGAUAAUUAAAUUUACUUGAAGUUAGAUAAGCAAGAUAUCUGAAUUAGCUGCAUGUUCCUCUGACACAAUGUUCUUUGAGGAAAUGAUGAUUGCAGGUGAAAUGGAUUAUUUUGCAAAGUAAACAAGAGCAUAUGAGAGUGCUGUAAUCUAAUCACCAGCGAUGUUUUCCUAAUAUGUAACAUAUUUGUAUGCUAAUAAUAGUAUGUGCCUUCAUUGUUGAUUAUAUUAAUUUUGACCCACUGUUAUUCCAUAAAUCAUCGUGAAGGUAAAACUGUAAGAGCAAUAAAUAAAAUUCACCAUAAGAAAGCUUUUCU